CAGGAUGUCAGUGAGUGUGCAGAAGCUGAUCACCAGCACCCGGGGCUUCCUGUGGUCGGACCUAGAGACCCGUGCCCUGCUGAACAUCUGGGGGGAGGCGGACGUGCAGUAUGCUCUGGACGGUAAUUUCCGCAACAGCCAUGUGUACCGGGACGUAGCUGGCAGGCUCAGAGAGCUGGGCUUUCAUCGCACCCCUGAGCAGUGUCGGAUUCGCAUCAAGGGUCUGAAGCGCCAGUACUACCAGGCCCGGGAGGCCUUCCACAAGAACGGGCACGCCCGCAAUGUCUGCCGCUACUACGAUGAGAUGGACAGGAUCCUCAGCAACCGGCCAGCACCGGCUAUCAGCGGGGAACCGGCCUGUGUACCACUGCCAGAUCCGCCCGGUAUCCUACUGCUUCAGCCCCCCUGCUUGGAGGAGCUGCGCCAGGACACCAGGGAAGAGGAGGAGGAGAUGGAGGACGAGGAGGAACCUGCCGGGGAGGGGGGCCCCGAGUCGUCCCAAGAUAACUUCACCGAGGACUCAGGGGAGGGCGCCUCCUGUUACACCGAGCGCCCCAUCAAAGUGGAGGAAGGCACCAGCUUCGCCAUCCCAGUGCCGCCCAAUGAUGGCUAUAAACCUAUUCAGUCCAACAUAAACCCACACGUUCCACAUCUCAAGAAAUCCAAGAAGCACCAUUGCAGCGUAGCCCUGGACGCAAUGAUGGAGCGCUUCCUACAGCAGAGCAUGGACGCGGAGGAGAAGUUUUACAAAUACGAGGAGCAGAGACUGCAGAUUGAGGAAAAGCGCCGGGAAGCAGAGCACACGCGAGAAAUCCAGAUGUUACAGAUGUUGGGACAAAUGCUUAGCGGCAUCUCUUCUGCUUCUCAGACGGCAGCCUCCAGCCAUGCUAGCCCUCCUCACAGGUCCAAUCUCCGAGCAUACACAAUGCCCUUUAACACGGCUACAUCUGCUUUUUCUUCUCCUAUAGUUUUAGAGAGAUCGUUCUCUCUACGACCGACUCGCCCCGCUAAGGACAUGGAGAACAUUUUUCAGCUGGUGAGGAAUGUUAUACCACCUCUUACUUCAAAAAAGCACAAAGGACAGGAUGGGAAGAUAGGCAUCGUUGGGGGAUGUCAAGAAUACACUGGAGCUCCAUACUUUGCAGCUAUUUCAGCUCUUAAAGUGGGGGCAGAUUUAUCCCACGUGUUUUGUACCAAAGAAGCUGCAACUGUUAUAAAGUCAUACAGUCCGGAGCUAAUUGUACAUCCAGUUCUUGACCAUCCAAAUGCUGUUUCUGAGAUUGAAAAAUGGCUCCCAAGAAUGCACACCGUUGUAAUAGGACCAGGGUUGGGAAGAGAUGAGUCCAUCCUGGAAACUGCUAAGGGCAUUAUUGAAAAGGCCAAGUCUAAAGGCAUUCCAAUUGUAAUUGAUGCAGAUGGACUUUGGCUUAUUGCCCAGCAUCCUGCCAUUAUUCAAGGCUACCAGAGAGCUGUGCUCACCCCAAACUUUAUGGAGUUCAGCAGGCUUUAUGAAGCUAUGCUCACAGAACCCGUGGACAGCAACGACCAGCACGGAAGUGUUUUAAGACUCAGUCAAGCGAUGGGGAAUAUAACCAUUGUUCAGAAAGGAGAACGUGACCUCAUUUCAGAUGGAGACAAAGUGUUAGUGUGCAGUCAUGAAGGCAGCAGUCGCCGCUGUGGAGGACAGGGAGACCUGCUGUCUGGCUCCCUUGGUGUAUUGGUACACUGGGCAUUUCUAGCUGGGCCAGAAAAAAUUAAUGGUCAGAAUCCUUUCCUUGUGGCCGCCUUUGGAGCCUGUUCUCUCACAAGACAAUGCAACCACCAAGCAUUUCAAAAACAUGGACGCUCAAUGACCACAAGCGACAUGAUUUCUGAAGUUGGAACGGCUUUUAACAAGCUAUUUGAGACCUAAUACUGCUCAAAAAGCUCUUAGUGAACACAAUCGCCUAAGCUCUUUUUAAGACUUGCACAAGAUCAAUUUUUCCCAGAGCUGCAUAACAUGCCACGAGUAUCAGUCUUUUGGUGUACAAAAUGUUUUUUGUUUUUUCUUUUGUAGGGAAGAAAAAAAAAUAUACUAACUGAGCAGCGAUCCAUUUUGUGUGAAAUAGAAAUGUACAUAAAAUUGUACAUAAAUUUGGAUUACACAUAGGCUCUCUUGAGGAUAUAUUGAAUUAGAAAGUUCAAUAUUAAAAUUAUUCUAAUUUUACUU